CUCAUGGAGAGGAGACAACUCACAGCUCCGCCGCUCAGCUGUGCCAUGGGCAGGCGAAAUGAAUGUGAUUAGGAGGCUAAUCCCGAUGAAAGGUGUAAGAAGACAGGUAAAGGCAAGCUGAACGAUGACAACCAGAUUACUUGAGUCCUUCAAUGCCUUGGAUAGUUAUUCCAAGAGAGUGUUGGAGAGACAUGCAAAGAAGAACUGCCAGCUAAGUAUGCCAAGGCACUGCUUUGCACAUGAUAAGAGGAACACAGUGCUGGUGUUGCACUAUGACUUGGACUUUCUCACUCCCAGAACGUCUGUUUAUAAACCCAAAUCCAAUACGGAGCAUGCUGGGGAGGAGCAAGAUCAUCUUCCCAAAAGACUAAGGAUUUCGAAGUCUUCAGCCCCAGUAACCAGCAUGAAAGGGAUCUCCAGCAUCAGAUCAGUUGAGGUUGUCAGUAGCAAAAUCAACAUACGCCCAUUCACAAGCAAUGAAAACACGGCCUGGACAAGCCCAACUAAUGUUAAGUCUUCAGGCAGAAACGUGUGCCAAGACAAAGAGGAAGAGAGACCGAGUUUCAUGAUCACAUCUUUAAAGAAACCUCUUCGGCCCUGCAGACGAUCCCCACACAGAAUGAAGUGGUCAAGAGAGGUGGAGAAUGUACCCUCUUUACAUGCACUAAACAAGGACAGUAGCAAGGCCUUGGUGGGAAGCAGCCUUGGAUACACAGACACCUCUCACUGGCGCUCCAACUCUUUUAAUGAUGAUGGACCAUUUAAAUUACCUGAGUCAGUUGGAAUCCUGGUUACUCAGGAACUUCAUCAAGAGAUUGAUGCUGAGCUUGGUACCAGUAGGCUUCAUAAAAAUGGAACUGGAGAGACAUUUGAAAGAGAGUUUACCCAAGAGCAGUUAUCUCCAUUUGAAAAGGAAUUUCUCGAUGAGCCGGUUCCUCUUAGCUUGGAAGAUGAGCUGGAGAGGACAAAUGUAAAAGUGCUUACACCUUGCCCGGCAUCUGUUUAUAAAGCAUUGCCGAUAGUCAGUGAAACGUACCCUGUGGUAUACAGACCACAGCAGCAGCAUCAUGAGCCCUUCAGCAGCCCAGGCUUUCACUGUCUGGAUCCCGCAGAACCUUUGACCCAGGUCACUGCAGUCCGAAAGAGCAAAGUCCACUCAACCAUCAUCCACAUUACUGAGUCCCUGCAAACAGACUACAUGAUCCGCAGUCUGAGAGAAAGACAGUGUUCAAGGUCCUACUCAAGAUCAGGGCUCAAAGCGACAAGGACGGGGGCCUAUCACGUGAACCUGCAAAUGCUCUCAGCAGAUGGAAAUGUUGUCAAGUCUCCAGAUUUGAGCCGACUCCCGCUCCAUAAUCAUAAAGAUGUGUCUUUGUCUGUACCUACAAACAAAGGUCCACUGAUUCCUCUGGUCAUGCCUAGAAGAAAAGUGCUUUCCUCUACUUGUGUUGGCCCUGUGGUUAAUGGCAAGAACCCUAAUCAAACUUAUGCCAGUCAAGAAAUUCCCUCAACCUACUCUAAACUACUGUAUGGAACCUCAAGAAGAUUCAGCAACAAAUGUUACACCUCAGCUCCACAGACCCAGCAAAGCAAAGCCAGCGAUCCAAAAAACAAGAUGGACUUCCUAUUCAUCUCAAAACCAGUCACGUACAGUCAAAAUGGUAUGAAAGGCAUUAUCGCCAAACAAAAGACUUUUAAAGAAGACCUGUCCAAGGAGGCAACCGUGCUGUGUGAAGACUUUGUGUCACAAGGUGCAAGUUGUGAAACUUUUGAUAUGAAUGAGAUGAACUUUUCCACUCCAACCAGUAGAGUAGAUUGCAGGUCCCAGGACACUACAACCCCAGUAAAGGAAGCUGGGGUCACAGAUCAUACUGGCAUUGAAGACACUAGGAAGCUCAGUUAUAUCUUGCACCUUCCUCAGCCAAUAAACAUCCCAACUGCUGAUAGCUGGAAUUAA